UCUGUUAGUCUUGUAGUAUAUAAUUUUCUUUAAAAAAUGUUUGUAAGAAGACAUGCAGAAGCUGUAAUUUUGACAUGCAAAAAUAAAAAGUAAAGUGUAUAUAAGUACGUGCAUCAUCUGCUUCAUUCUGCAAAGACAUCUCUAUUUUUGUCACUGAGAAAUAAAGAGAGGAAAAAACAUGACCAUGAAGAUGAAGGCCUCAGCUAGCAUAUACAAUCAAGCUAUGCCAUAUAUGGCCAUGGUUUUUAUGAGGCUUGGCUCUGCAGGCUUGCCCAUCGUUGCCAAGUAUGCUCUUAAUAAGGGUAUGAGCCAACAUGUCUUGGUAGUUUACCGGUUUGCCAUUGCCACUCUUGUCCUUGCUCCUUUCGCCAUUGUUUUCGAUAGGAAAGUAAGGCCAAGGAUGACCUUGUCUGUCUUUCUUCAGAUACUGUUGCUGGGCUUAUUGGAGCCAGCAAUUGAUCAGAACUUAUACUAUACCGGGAUGAAGUAUACGACCGCAACUGUUGCAACAGCCUUGUGCAAUGUUCUUCCAGCCUUUGUAUUUUUGCUAGCUUGGGUUUGUAGGCUUGAGAAGGUUAACAUGAGGAAAAUGCAUUGUCAGGCGAAGAUUUUGGGGACUAUUGGAACUGUUGGAGGAGCAAUGAUUAUGACUAUGGUAAAUGGGCCAAUGUUGCCUUUGCCGUGGACAAAAGUCAACAAUCAGCACCAAUAUAAAAAUAUUGCAAUAACAACCAAGGAAGAUCACCUAAAGGGUGCUUCGAUGAUCCUUGUAGGCUGUGUCUGCUGGGCUUGUUUUGUCAUUCUUCAAGCGAUUACACUAAAAUCAUACCCUGCUGAGCUCUCCUUAACAACUUUAAUUUGCUUGAUGGGCACAAUUGAAGCUGCCAUUGUUGCCCUGGUAAUGGAAAAGGGCAAUGCUGCUGCUUGGUCCAUACACUGGGAUUCUAAACUCUUUGCUGCAGUUUACAGUGGAAUUAUCUGUUCUGGGGUUGCUUACUACAUAGCAGCAAUUGUAAUACAAGCCAAGGGACCUGUAUUUUUUGCUGCUUUUAAUCCUCUAACCAUGGUUAUCGUCGCGAUUAUGAGCUCCUUUAUCUUUUCUGAGAUAAUGUAUUUAGGAAGGGUUAUUGGAGCAAUCGUCAUUGUUGUUGGCCUCUACCUAGUUUUGUGGGGUAAGAGCAAGGAUCAGCUCUCAUCAGAUUCGGACACCAACAUUAAGGCAGCCCCGAGUAGUGAUGAGCAAAUGGCCACUACAAGUGAAACAGCGGGCACUUCCAAUCAAGAUUUUGUUCUUUUAGAUAUAAGCAGGGUGGAACCUGCUGAUGGUGAAUCUGUUAAAGAGAACCAUAAUCAAAUACCAUAAGAACAAAUAUAUAUUUUGAUUAAGCUUAAUCACUUCUAUUUGGCCUAGCCUUUGUUAUCCUCUUCAUCAUCAGAUUCAGGGUUGACGUUUUUAUCCAUUGUAUCAAAAUAAAAUUAAAAGAAAUAAAGAAGAAAAAAAAAAUCAACCAUUGAUGUUGUGGUUUUCUGAUGCGGAUUUCCAAUGACGAGUCCAAACGAACACGCAAAGAGAGACAAUGCAAAAUCUAAAUAAAAGUAGUGUUUUAUGUUGGAUUCUCGGUCACCCCCCAGUUGGUAUCACUUGUAUUUAUCAUUUGUAACUUUAUUAGGUGCAAAAACAGUGCUUUUAUUGCAAUCUAGGAAAGAAAUCUAUAAAUAGCAUAAAAGAAA